CUCUCCUCUCCACUCUUCUUUUCUUUGGGAAAGUUUUGGACUUUUUUGAAACUCUUUGAUAUCUUGCAUUACGUUUGCAAAAAUGUGUUCUUGAAUUCACUCACGCCUUGUGUGGAAUCUUGAUUUUAGAGCUCUACGUAUACUUGCAGAAAUGGGAGAAGAGACGUGCAAGGAAUGCAGGAGCUGGGAAGAGAAAAUAUAUUGGACCCAUUUCCAGUGCGUACAGUUCUCUCAGUUCCUCCAUUCUGGAUUUGAUCAACGCCUGGCUAUCCCUGAAAUAUUUGCUAGACAUCUGAGAAAGAAGUUGCCUGAUACUGUGAAUCUUAAAGGUCCUAGUGGGGCUGCAUGGGAAGUUGGACUAACAACCUACAAUAAUACUCUAUUCUUCAAUCAUGGUUGGCAAGAAUUUGUCAAGGACCAUGCUCUUGAAGAGAAUGAUUUCUUGAUCUUUAAGUACAAUGGGGAGUCGGACUUCGAUGUCUUAAUGUUCGAUAUGCAGAGCAUGUGUGAGAAGGUUGCUCCAUACUUCGUCAAAAAAUAUGAAUCUGCAGAACGUGGCAAUGGCUGUCGAACAAAAAGAAAAACUGUUAAAAGUUCUGUUGAAGUUGUUUAUGCCUCUCCUAAGGGUGUAGUUGGAGGUUCUGAACCUGAGGAAUUUAAAGACAAUGAUACUGAUGCAAUACCAGUUGGGCAACGGCCCAUUGUCUCCCGAGUUACUGACAAGAAAAUCUGUAGGGGAAUCAAGUCAACUGAGGGCACUGAAGAGGAUGUUGUUGGAGGUUCCCAACAGGAGGAGUGUACAUAUAAUGGUUCUGACACGACACCACCACUCAGGCAGCCUAUUAUCUCCCCAAUUGGUAAGAAGAAAAUUUCAAGGGAAAUUAAGUCAAUCAGGCCUGUUCAAUACUGGCGUGUUGUCAAAAGUAGAGGACCUUCUACUCGUGAGGAAAUAGAGGCUGAACCUGAUGUUCAGUCCCUAGGCCAGCCAGUGGAUACUGUGCACCAUGCAAGGAAAGGAAGGGAAGUAACAGAAGAAGAGAAAAGGAAUGCAGUGCAAUUGGCUGCAAGAGCCGUAACCGAGAAUGGUUUCCUUGUACUCAUGAAGCCCACACAUGUGUAUGGGAGAUUCUUUGUGGCAAUUCCUUCAGCAUGGCUAGUUACACAUCUUCCCAUUAAAGGAAAUCAAGACGUGAUUCUACGUUUUAAAGAUCGAGCAUGGCACACCAGAUUCUUCUAUCACAAGUCUCGUAAUAACGGAGGGCUGACUGCUGGGUGGAAGAAAUUUGCCUUGGACAACAAUUUGCAUGAAUUUGAUGUGUGCGUAUUUGAACCUCUGGACCUGGUAAACUACCCAAUUAUCCUGAAUGUCAGCAUCUUUCGUGUCGUCGAAGAAGCAAGUCCACUUACCUCACAAGAGGACGAGAAAAAAUCGCAGGGCCAUGCAUGAUCGCACAAUUCGUUUGGACUGUUUUAUGCUAACUAUUUUCUUAUCAACUUAAGUAUUCCAGACUAAUGGAUUUAGCUUUGGCAGUUGAAAGUUUGCUGUAUGAACUUGACUAGAUGAGGUUGUGAUAUAUUGUAUGUAAAUACAAAUGGUGAUGUUUUCUUAA